GACCGUAGAAUAUUUAAUAUCAAAACAACAACAAAGGUCGUCAAAAGAAGAAUAUUUACAAGUGUGGAACGUUCUCGUUUCUGUAGGAACUAGCCAAAAUUUCAAGCGGUUUAUAAAAAUGAAUGCACCGCCGACUUUCGAGUCAUUUUUGCUAUUCGAGGGAGAAAAGAAAAUCCUUAAGGAAGUGGAUACUAAAGUACCAAAUGCUGCAAUUUAUACUAUUAACAAGGAGGAUCAUACCUUGGGGAACAUGAUUCGCUUGCAACUACUUAAGGAUCCUAAUGUUAUGUUCACAGGUUAUAAAAAUCCCCAUCCACUGGAGCAUAAAGUAAUUUUGAGAAUUCAGACAUCUGAUGCCAGUUACACACCUCAUGAUGCAUUCAUGAAUGCAAUAACAGAUCUCAUCUCUGAACUAUCUCUGCUGGAAGAACGAUUCAGAGAAGCUAUUCGUGAGAAGAAGGAGGGAUUUGAUUGAAAUGACUUUUCUACAAUAUUUUUAUGUACUGUACUGUAUUUACUCAUGCAGCCUCCUUUGUAAUUAUUUUUAAUUUUAAAAAUGAAUAAAGUCUUAUUUUCA